GAUGAAUUCAAUUGGCCCUGUAAUGCAGGCGGAUGUCUCAUACACUCUUUGAGUCAAACGUUAUGUCAUUCAAUAAUGUCUAACGAAGGAAGAAAUGCUCGGACAAAUGAAAUGGAUUUACAUAUGACUUUGCUUCAGCUCUGACUGAUAUUCUCAUGUAAUGAGUAGAGACGGUUUCAUGUCAUGAUGGAUAUUUGCGUUUUGCUUCUUAACCCGAGUAUUUUAAAUUAUCUUGUGGGGUGGGACACUUUCACUGCAUAACCUGUGCCACUUACGGACGCGUCUGAACGUCGAGCGAGAGACUAAAAUAUUUCACGCGGCGAAGAAAUUCUGGCUCUGUGUAUUUACUCCCCAUAUUAUUUGGUUCUGUCCACGCAUGCGUAAAACAAGGUUAUAUUAGGACUGGGGUUCUCAACCUUUUCCAGACCUAGGGUCACUUUCCUAAACGUUGAAAACCACAUACAACACAACGCGAGAAGACCUCACUCUACAAUUUUAUUGCCGCGGAAAUUUAAAAUCUCAUAGGUUGUUUUAUAUUCUACAAAAGAAUUUCCUCAAAAAACAUGCGUAUUUUUGGAAGGAAAUUUUGACUAUGUUGGUGUUAGUGGUGGCCUAUAAUCGUAUGUUUAUAUCCAGUCUCAUGAAAAUCCAACGAAUUGGCAGUUUGAACGAAGUGUCUGUGCUACAUAGUUUUGGUGUCAGUAAGAAGUGAAUUUGCCCCUGUGGGCCUGUUCAUUUCAGGACUACGCCUUGAUGGUGCAUGAAGUAGAGAUGGGGCGGUUUCUUGGAGAGACCCUGGUCGGAGAGCCUCUCUCGCCGAGGGCGGAAGUACAGCGGGCUGGGCUUCUGCAGCGCCUGGAACCUCACAUUCGGCGGUCCGAAGUUACGGCUUCUCCGAACACACCGCCGCCUUACCUCGACAUGAAUGGACCCAAAGGUGCCCGCGAAGAAUAUGUGGACGCCGAAGUGAAUGCCGACAAAGUGGAGGAAGAAUAUGAAGAGUUUCCAGAGCUGAGUCACACACCAAUUCCUGCAAAACUUCCGGUAGAAAGUCAGACAUCGCUUACUUCAAGUUCUGGCCAGUCUGAGGAUUAUGUGAACUUAUCACUUCCUUAUAGCGAACUUCGGACAAUGACUAAUAAGUGCGGACCAUUGUGGCGUAAAGAAAAGUUCAUCUUCUUGGAUCAGUGGCGACGAUGUUGCGCCGGAAUCUAUGGUCAUGUCGUGCUCUUGUACAACUCUGAACGUGAUGCUAAACCAAGCAGUUCCUUUGACGUACAGGGUUAUGACGCUCGACCCUUAACUACCAAUAAUUACAAGGAUCCUAAAAGGAAAGUUUCUGCAUUUGAGAUUGUAUGUCCAGGGAAGAGAACAUAUCAGUUUGUCGCACGAACUGCUAAGGAUAUGGGUCAGUGGGUGGUUGCUAUUCGUCUAGCAAGUACCCAACCAACUCCUACAGUACCGCAUCGUGUGCACGAGAGGACUUUGCUCGGCAAACGACAAUUACCCUCACUUCCCGAUAGUGACAGUGAAACAUAUGAUGAUGUUGGCUCGACAAUAAACUUUAAUGAUAACAGGCAAAAAAAUUAUGAACCAGUUCAAUCUGAUGGAGAGGAACUUUAUCAUGAUAUUGCAGAUGUUUAUCAAAAAGGAUCACAAGUUCAAUCAAAGUCCGGUUCUGAAUUAAAACAUACAGAAGAAGAACCUUCCAUCCCACCUGUGCCUCAGGAGGAUCCAUUACAAGAAGAUGCAGUGUAUGAUGACAUUGGAAUUGCCAGUUCUAGUAGUGUGUACUGUAAUAUGAUUGGUGCCAGUGCAGGAGAGUUGCAACAGCAAGAACCCGAAGAAUCUAAUAUAGAGAACAAUGAGGAAGAAGGGGAUGAUAUUUAUGAUGAUAUCGGAUUUACCGAACAAGACCACGUAGCGAUAAAGUUGUCUGCCUUUCGUCAAGAAGGAUCUGGAGGAAAUGGAGCUCGCAUCCAACAUAUUAUCAAGAAAAUGGAAGCAUCUCUUGGCAAUGGAAACAAACGUUCUGUUGGAUACCAUAUGAAACAUGAACCCUUAAAACAAAUAGAAACUGAAGAGCUGUAUGAGCCAAUUGAAAAUGGCACAGUGGAAACUUCUCCAGCGCAUCCUGAGCUACAAACACGUUCAAACGUUGUUUGGUAGUAUAUGGCCGUACAUGUUUCUUCAUGAUGGAUCUCAGCUUGUGUGUUUCAUUGGCCUUUGUGCAACAGGGUUAUAAGUUGUGCCCCUGAUAGUGAAGUUUAUUCAUGAAUAUUUCUGUCUUCUGGGUUGUUGCGCUGUGUAGUCUGGUCGAUGAAAUAUUCAUCGCCCUGAUGACGGAGGCAGUAUGACCUCUGAAACGUUGGUUAACAUCGACCAGACUACAUAGAGCAACAACCCAGAAGACAGAAAUCUUCAUACUCACCGCUGUGAAAACCUCAAAUCUUACAAGUUUAUUCAUUGGAGACUUAACCCAUCAACAUACCCUGCUAUUUGAUAAACUCAAUUCUGAAAGCUCGGUUCACGGUUGGAAAACCUAGCUAUCUACAAGACCUCUUGAUGUAUCAUUUAUAACUAUAUAAUAUUACUGUUUAUUUGACAGCUAAGAGAUGAGUUGCAAUGCAGUCUUUGGACUCAAUGCUUCCAUUUGAGCUGGAACACAUUCAAUUUGUUCUCAAGGGAAGAUUAUAUGUAUUAAAAUAAAUGGCAAUGCACAAGAACAAUUACAGAGUUUAAAAAUGCCAUUGGAUAUGUUAAGCUGUUGGUAUACUUUGAUGGGAAGGGGCUGACCUAUCCAUUUAACCUUUAUCAUAUAGAUACAGGGGAUGUAAACUCUCAUACUGUGGGGUUGACAGCAAAAACUAUAACUCCAGGAUUAAGUUCCAGCUGUUUGCUAGUGCAGCGCAUGGUCAGUGUCUCACACGUGAGCCACGAUGUACAAACAAUAAAAGUUUAGGAUAAAGACAACUUUCAUGACACCAUUGUAAGAUAUAGGUAGUCAGGUAGUUGUUGUCAAAUGAAUAACGUAGGGGUGUGCAUUAUUUGACUUAUUAAUGAUAUAAUGUGUGACCAAAGUAUGGAAAACUUUGUGAUAAAAGUUACCACAGCAUGCUGCUCAUAUGUAUUUUUCCUAUAAUUUUAAAUUUAUCACAUUUCACUAUAUAUAUAAGGUCUUUCCAAAAAAGAUGCGUUAAUCUCUCUCUUGUAGUAGAACCUCCCUAAAACAUUUAUCUGAUUUUUUUCUAUGUUCAUCCUUCUAGUAAAUCGUAGACAUGUAAGAGGAAACAAGUUAGGAAGUGUGCAUUUGGCAGAAUUGCCACUUGAAGUAUUUAAUUGUGCCAGUGAUGGUUCAGUUACAUUUAUGUGGGUGGGGUGUCUGGCUACAUGAUUGUCAUGAAUAUUUCUCCUUUCCCAAGUAACCAUGGUAAAUGAAGUAAAUAUUUGUACUGUUAUGUAAAAUGGUUGUCCAGUCUAAAUGAAAAUUUAUGUAGUUUGUCAGUUUUUCAUUACAUUUUACAAGAUAAAAAUUUAA